AUGAUAUCGUGGCACGACCUGUACACGGUGCUGUGCGCGGUGGUGCCGCUGUACGUGGCCAUGAUCCUGGCGUACGGCUCCGUGCGGUGGUGGGGCGUCCUCACGCCGGAGCAGUGCUCGGGCAUCAACCGCUUCGUUUCCGUCUUCGCCGUGCCGCUCCUCUCCUUCCACUGCAUCGCCGCCAGCAACCCCUACGUCAUGAACCUGCGCUUCGUCGCCGCCGACACGCUGCAGAAGGUCCUCGUCCUCGCCGCGCUCGCCGCCUGGUCGUGCAUCCCCGCGCGCGGCGGCAGGACCCGGGCGCCGACGAUCGACUGGUCCAUCACGCUCUUCUCCCUCGCCACGCUGCCCAACACGCUCAUCAUGGGCCUGCCGCUCCUCGUCGCCAUGUACGGCCGCUACUGCGGGGACCUCCUGGUGCAGGUCGUCGUGCUCCAGUGCAUCGUGUGGUACACGAUCCUGCUCGUGCUCUUCGAGUUCCGCGCCGCGCGGGUGCUCAUCGCGGGCCAGUGCCCGGACACCGCGGCGUCCAUCGCAGAGGUGCACGUCGACCCGGACGUCGUGUCCCUCGCGGGAAGCCAGGCGGAGGCGCAGGCCGAGGUCUCGCCGGACGGCAAGACGCGCCUCGUCGUGCGCCGGUCAACGUCACGGCAGUCCCUGGCGGUCGCCGGGACGCCGCGGCCGUCGAACCUGACGGGCGUGGAGAUAUACUCGGUGAGCUCGUCACGGAACGCCACCCCUAGGGGAUCCAGCUCCGCGCACGCCGACGUCUACGCCGCCGGCUUCGCGCCGCUGCACAGCGCGUCGAUGCGCAUGUCGAGCUUCGGCGCGGCGGAUCUCUUCUCGCUGCACUCGUCGAGGCAGCACACGCCGCGGGCGUCCAACUUCGACGAGCACGCGGUCCGGGCCAGAUCAGCCGCCGCGGUGGCGCCCAGCUACGACCCCAAGGACAUGCCCACGUUCGAGUGGAGCUCCGGUGCUUCCGCCGCGUCGGAGGUAAACGGCUUGCCAGUGUUCCGCGGCGGCGAUCACCGCGCCAAGGAUGUACGCCGACUAGUCCCCUCCGAGGAGCCGCCCGUUGGCUUGUCGAGAGCGAUGCGGCCCGAGGAGCGUGUCGGCAGCUUCAAGGCGGAGGCCGUGCAGGACGCGCUGGCGAAGCUGGAGUCCGGCUCGACGGAGCAGCGGCAGAACGGGAAGGAUGCCGGCGGGGAGAACGCCGGCGGCGCGGGCGCGGGAGGGCAGCAAAAGGCACCGGCCGGCGUGAUGAUGCAGCUCAUCGUCACGAUGGUGUGGCGGCGGCUGAUCCGCAACCCCAACACGUACGCCAGCCUCGUCGGCCUCACUUGGUCUCUAAUCUCAUUCAGAUUCCACAUCGCGAUGCCAAUCAUAGUGAAGAAUUCCAUCUCCAUACUCUCCGAUGCAGGGCUAGGGAUGGCCAUGUUCAGCUUGGGACUCUUCAUGGCCAUGCAACCGAAGAUAAUCGCCUGCGGAAACUCGGUCGCGGCCAUCACCAUGGCCAUCCGCUUCCUCUUCGGCCCCGCGGUCAUGGCCGUCACGUCUGCCGCUGUCGGCCUCCGAGGCACGCUCCUCUGCAUCGCCAUUGUUCAGGCCGCUCUGCCGCAAGGAAUUGUGCCUUUUGUGUUCGCCAAGGAGUACGAUCUGCACGCCGCCAUUCUCUGCACCGGGGUCAUAUUUGGCAUGCUAGUCGGUCUUCCCAUCGCCUUGGUCUACUAUAUCAUCCUCGGAUUUCUAUGA